AUGCGAAUUUUUCUACAAGGAAAAAAGAAAUUUGGCUUCAUUACUGGUGCAUAUAGCAAGGAUAAUUAUAGAGAAAAACUGCAUAAGCAAUGGGAAACUUGUAAUGCAAUUGUGCUCUCUUGGUUGAUGAUCUCUAUUAGUGCAGAGUUUCUAUCUGGUAUUUUGUAUGCAACUAGAGCAUUUAAAGUAUGGGAGGAUUUGAAUGAGAGAUUUGACAAGGUGAAACAUAUGAGAUUGUAUCAAUUACACAAGGAAAUCACAAGGAGACAGAUUUUGCUGAAGGGAGUUACACCUACACUUAAUCAAGCAUAUGCCAUGAUAAUAGAGGAUGAAAUGCAGCAAUUAACUUAUGCAGUUUCUACAAAUGAGAAGAUAGAUCCAAUGGCAAUGCAGGUGAAUAGAGGACCAAAUAAGAGUCUUGGAAGCCAAAGUUAUAGAGGACCAAAUAUGAAUUUAGAAGUCAAGGUUAUAGAGAAAAAGUAUGAUUACUGUAACCAUGCUUCCACCAACAAUGAAGAGAACAAGGAAAUAAAUAAUGUAGUUUUGGCCGAAGGGCAUGGCUUCACUGAUGAAGAAUAUAAGCAGAUCAUGGAGACACUGAACAAAGAUCCACAAGAUGCAAAACAGGCUAACAUGUCAGGUAUAGCCACCUUUUUACCAUCCCACAUUGUGUCACAAGAAUGGAUAGAUGACUCUAGUGCUACUCAUCAUAUAGUUGUAAAUAAAGAAUUAUUGUCCACAAGUAAGAUAGUUAGGUCAACUAUGGAUAAGGUAAACCUUCCUAAUGAUGCAGAAGUUGACAUCUCACAUGCUGGUGAAGCCGUAGUAUCUCGGAAUGCAGCUGUGAAAGAUGUGUUAUUUGUGCCUGAUUUCAAGCUCAACCUGUUGUCUGUGUCCAAAGAUCUUUAUACUGGCAGGGUGAAAUGGAUUGGUAGAGAAAGAGGAGGUCUUUACAUACUUAAAGAUGAAAGUGGGACAAAUGGUUCAUCAGUAGAUAAAACAAAACUGAUAGCAAGAUUGACUGUUAAAGAUACUAUCUUAUGGAAUAAAAGGCUUGGACAUCCUUCUGUUCAAGUGUUGAAAUUUUUAGAUCUUUUGAAUCAUAAUAAAGACAUUGAG